UAGCAGCAGCCACAAAGUUGAACUUUGUAUUGUAGAGCAGACGCUCACUGCAGUACAGUCAGUCAGUGCGCUCGAGUUUACCGGUGCGGUGUAUACUAUUAUGGAGCGGCGACACUGGUCCUGAGGAGACAUUAAACAGCACGAGAGGCCAAAAGAGACUGAGACAUCACACCGAGAAUUUCAAGAGGUUUAUUUUAACUUAAUAAACAGUUAUAAAACGGAUUAUAACAGAAGUACUGCUGCGCUGCGAUAACGAAUAAAAAUGGGGAGCCGGGGACACUACCGGUACCACUGGCAAAGCCACAAUGUCAAGCAGAGUGGAGUGGAUGACAUGGUGCUGCUCUCCAAGAUCAGCGAGGAUGCCAUUGUAGAAAACCUCAAGAAGAGAUACAUGGAUGACUUUAUUUUUACAUACAUUGGUCCUGUACUCAUCUCAAUAAACCCUUUCAAACAAAUGCCUUACUUUGGGGACAAAGAAAUAGAGAUGUACCAAGGCGCAGCUCAGUAUGAGAACCCUCCUCAUAUCUACGCUCUAGCCGAUAACAUGUAUAGAAACAUGAUGAUUGAUCGUGAGAACCAGUGUGUCAUUAUCAGUGGUGAGAGUGGAGCAGGGAAGACAGUAGCAGCAAAGUACAUCAUGAGCUACAUCUCCAAAAUUUCAGGUGGAGGUCCUAGAGUUCAGCAUGUCAAAGACAUCAUUCUGCAGUCCAACCCUCUUCUGGAGGCCUUCGGGAAUGCUAAGACAGUGAGGAACAACAAUUCCAGUCGAUUUGGGAAAUACUUUGAGAUUCAGUUCAGUUCCGGCGGGGAGCCAGAUGGUGGGAAAAUCUCCAACUUCCUUUUGGAAAAAUCACGCGUGGUGAUGAGGAAUCCCGGAGAGAGGAGCUUCCACAUCUUCUACCAGCUAAUAGAGGGAGCCAGUGGAGACCAGAAAAGCAGUCUAGGCAUCACAAACCUGGAUUACUAUACUUACCUCAACCAGUCAGGUUCCUAUAAAGUUGACGACAUUAACGACAAGCAUGAUUUCCAGGAAACCUUGCAUGCCAUGGACGUGAUUGGCAUCUCAGGGAUGGACCGCGCCCUGGUACUUCAAAUUGUGGCUGGAAUUCUUCACCUUGGGAACAUCAACUUUAGGGAAGCAGGGAAUUACGCUGCUGUAGAAAAUGAUGAGUUUUUGGCAUUUCCUGCCUUCCUGUUGGGCAUCGAUCAGCAUCGUCUUAAAGAAAAACUCACCAGCCGUAAGAUGGACGGCAAGUGGGGGGGCAAGUCAGAGUCCAUAGACGUAACGCUGAAUGUGGAGCAGGCGUGUUUCACACGCGAUGCCCUCUCCAAAGCUCUGCACUCUCGUGUUUUUGACUACUUGGUUGAGUCAAUCAAUAAAGCCAUGGUUAAGGACCAUCAGGAGCUGAACAUUGGAGUAUUGGAUAUCUAUGGCUUUGAGAUUUUUCAAAAAAAUGGAUUUGAGCAGUUCUGCAUCAACUUUGUGAAUGAAAAGCUGCAGCAGAUUUUCAUUGAGCUGACUCUGAAAGCUGAGCAGGAGGAGUAUGUACAGGAAGGAAUCCGAUGGACUCCCAUAGAGUACUUCAACAAUAAGAUCGUCUGUGACCUCAUUGAGAGUAAAAUAAAUCCUCCUGGCAUCAUGAGUAUACUGGACGAUGUAUGUGCUACUAUGCAUGCGAAGGGUGAAGGCGCAGAUCAGACAAUGCUGCAGAAACUCAGAAUGCAAAUCAACAACCACGAGCACUUUAACAGCUGGAACCAGGGCUUUAUCAUCCACCAUUACGCUGGCAAGGUAUCUUAUGAUGCAGAGGGUUUCUGUGAGAGAAACAGGGAUGUGCUGUUCACUGAUCUGAUUGAGUUAAUGCAGAGCAGUGAAAUACCUUUCAUCCGUGCCCUGUUCUCAGAAAACCUCAAUGCUGAGAAAAAAGGUAGACCCACUACUGCAGGCAGUAAAAUCAAGAAACAAGCCAAUGAUCUGGUGGGCACUCUGAUGAAGUGUACACCUCACUAUAUCCGCUGUAUCAAACCCAAUGAGACCAAGAAGCCUAAAGACUGGGAAGAGAGCAGAGUGAAGCACCAGGUGGAGUAUCUGGGUCUGAAAGAGAAUAUUAGAGUAAGGCGUGCUGGCUAUGCUUACAGACGAGUCUUCCGCAAGUUCUUGAACCGGUAUGCUAUUCUGACGAAGGAGUCGUGGCCAACAUGGCGGGGGGAUGAGAAGCAGGGUGUGCUGCAUCUCCUGCGCUCCGUAAACAUGGACCAAGACCAGUAUCAGCUCGGACACACCAAAAUCUUCAUCAAAGCCCCUGAAUCGCUGUUCCUGUUGGAGGAGACGAGAGAUCGCAAGUUCGACGGUUAUGCCAGAACCAUUCAGACGGCCUGGAGGAAAUUUUGUGCACGCAAGAAAUACGUUCAAAUGAGGGAGGAGGCCUCUGAUCUGCUGCUGAACAGGAAGGAGAGAAGAAGGCACAGCUUGAACAGGAACUUUGUGGGUGAUUACCUGGGUAUGGAUGACCGGCCUGAGCUCAGGCAGUUUGUGGGCAAGAGGGAGAAGAUUGAUUUUGCAGACAAAGUCAAUAAAUUUGAUAGGCGGUUUAAGAGCAUCAAGAGAGACCUGAUCCUCACCCCUAGAUCUGUCUACCUGAUUGGAAGAGAAAAGGUGAAGCAGGGGGCAGAGAAAGGGCUUGUGAAAGAAGUCCUAAAACGCAAAAUUGACGUAGAGAAGAUUUUGGCUGUUUCAUUCAGCACAAUGCAGGAUGACUUCAUGAUCCUGCACGAGGACGAGUAUGACAGCCUGCUGGAGUGUGUAUUCAAGACUGAGUUCAUCAGUUUACUGGCACGCAGAUACGAAGAGAGAACGCAAAAGAAACUACCUCUCAAAUUUAGCACCACGCUAGAAAUGAAACUGAAGAAAGAUGGAUGGGGACCCUGGAAUGCUGGAGGAUCCAGACAGGUUCAGUUCAUCCAAGGUCAAGGGGACGUAGCAGUGCUACGACCCUCAAACAAAAUGCUGCAGGUCAGCAUUGGACCGGGUUUGUCCAAAAACUCACGUCCUACUAAGCAGGGCGUCACUCAAAGCGGCCCCAAAACGUCCAGGACACACCACCACAUCCCAGCACGAGUCGCACCUGGCCCUCCAGUUGCUCACCAAAAUGGAGGGCUGAAGAAUGCAAAUCACACUGCCAAUCAGAGGAACUCGCAACAUCACAGCAAUCAGAAGCCGACAUCAGGAAACACGGCCCGUCCAUUCCUGCCUUCUAAUGUCAAUCAGCUCAAGGACAGAGGCAGCAGACAGACACCCCAGCAACCCAACUUGGAUUUCCUCAAAGUACCAGACCAAGGGGCUGCAGGCAGAAAUCAUCAACCAUCUGGCAAUGGAGGAAUGGCCCACAGACAGUCCACCAACAGGCCUUCUCCAGGAGGUGGUCGGCCCAAACCGGCCCCCAAGCCAAAGCCCCAAGUGCCUCAAUGUAAAGCCCUCUAUGCAUACGAUGCCCAAGACACAGAUGAGCUCAGUUUCAAUGCAGAUGACAUCAUUGACAUCAUUAAGGAAGACGCCUCUGGAUGGUGGACAGGGAGACUGAGAGGUAAACAAGGUCUUUUCCCAAACAACUAUGUGACAAAGAUCUAACCUCUUCUGCUGUUGAUGAGGCGACCAGAACCUCAGCAGACUUGUUCGAAGAAGGAUAAGGACAAAGAAAGGAGGGGAAAUGGAGAUAAUGAAGGAACGAGCGAAGUGUGCUGUGGCUGAACUCCUCAUAAGCUUUGCGUUGUGUUGCCACAGACAUUUUGAGGCCAUGCGGGCAGACGCCGACCGGACAUGAAAGUUUUCUCCAGGGCGCUGAAUACUGAGCUCUCCCUGUGAGCACUGAUCAAAACUAUUUAUUGUAUUUAUAUUACGGCAUUCUACAGUUUAUUUCUGAUGUGGUUUGUUCAUCUUUCAUUGACAUUUAAGGUGAUCUGAAUUCACUUAGAGAUGAAGUAGCCAUUUUAUGUGGGAACAGGCUUUUUUAUUUUGCUUUGAAAUGGAUAGAUUUUAUAUGUAAAUUAAGGGGCUUGGCUUUAGAGUCACCUGCUGUUUGUGAUUUAUAUUUUUUUUUCCAAUCUCUUGAAGUCAUGUCCAAAUCAAUGGUUUUAGUGGGAAAUUUUUUGCUGCUAAGGAACGUUUUACCAUGAUAUUGCAGUUAAGAGAAACCCAAAUGUUUAAAGUGCACUACAGCUCUUGAAAACCAUGGAUUGUACUUUGCUUUUGAUGUUACGUUCAUAAUCUUAUAACAAUGCUGAAUGUAUCAUUGUUCUAAAGAUUCCAACAGUUUAAAUUUAAACUGUAGUGGUGUUUCCAUGCAUUAUUUGGAAAACCCACACUCGCCAUGUCACUGUAUAGAUAAAAAGCACUUUAUGAGUACAAUAUCAUAUAAAUGUACUGGUCAGGUCAUCGACACCAUUCGUCAAGGUGCUAGUAGUCAGUGAAGAGAUGAAAUAGGGGCUGGAUCUACAAAAAUUUCUUAAAGGGAUAGUUUGCACAAAAAUUAAAAUUGUUCCAAACCUGUAUGAAUACAUUCUUAGAUGAACACAAAAUAUGUUUUGAAGAAUGUCAGUAACCAGUUAAUUGGCCCCAUUGACUUCCAUUCUAUGCAAGUCCACUUCUCAAGAUAAAUUCUUAGAUGUAAGAAUGUACCAAACAGUUCCCAUAUAUUUUACUAAGAACAUCUUAGUUUUUUUCUUAAGAAUAAAGUGACAGAUAUUGGUG